AUGUCGAAGGCUCACUGGCUGCUGUUUACCGAUGGCCGCAUCGUACAAGCAAAGUGUGUGGCUUGGGACGACCGACGUGAUCUUGCUCUCUUACAGAUCGUCGCAACUCAAGAUCUUACUGGUCUAGACAUCCCGACCUUCCCAAUUGCCGAGCUUGCAGGCUCACCAUCCAAGCGCAAUUCGCCACUACUUUGCGUCGGUCAUCCAGGCUCUGAGGAUCUGGAGGCCGAUCAAUCUGGUCUUCUUACAGACUACGACGUCUUGCACAUCAGCCGAGGUCGGUUCAGAGGUCUUGCCAAAGGCCAAGAAGUCCAGGAUAAUUCAGAUAUCGGAGCUCUGCAGCAUGGUUGUUGGACGUACUGGGGUCACAGUGGUGCGCCGUUGCUUGUUGAGGAUGGGAGGCUGGUUGGUCUGCACUCGAGCUGGGAUGAUGAGACGGGUAUGAGAAGGGGUGUUGCUUGGGAGGCUGUAAAAGCAUUCUUGGAGACGCUGCCGACCUGUAUGGUGGUCUGA